AAAAAAAUAUAUAUCUCUUCUUCACUGAUUUCGUCAUCCACUGGUGUGGAGAAUCUUUGAUGACGACUCUUAUUAGCUCGUUUCCUUCACUGUGUUCUCCCAUCAAGCUUCUCCGAUCACCUUCUUCCGAAUCUCCAAUCGUCACCGCUUUACUCCUUAACAGGUCAAAGGCGUCUCAGAAUUUCAAUCUCCAAUUCCGAAUGGAGGCGGUUUCGAGUGCUUCUGCUACUUCAAGCAUCAGCGUCGGUGAAGACUUUCCACUAGACUACGAGCAGUGGCUACCGGUUCCGGAUCCGGAUAACAGGAGAAGAGCCGGCGUUUUACUCCACCCGACGUCGUUUCGAAGUCCUCACGGCAUUGGUGAUCUCGGAGAAGAGGCGUUCCGUUUCAUCGAUUGGCUUCAUUCCACUGGCUGCUCCCUUUGGCAAGUGCUUCCUCUUGUUCCUCCAGAUGAAGGAGGCUCUCCUUAUGCUGGACAGGAUGCAAAUUGUGGGAAUACAUUGUUGAUUUCUCUGGAUGAGCUUGUCAAGGAUGGGUUGUUAAUGAAGGAUGAGCUCCCACUACCAAUUGAGGCUGAUUCUGUGAACUAUCAAACUGCGAAAAAGUUGAAGAGUCCCUUGAUAACUAAGGCAGCAAAGAGGCUUAUUGGCGACAGUGGUGAACUGAAGAGCAAACUGCAAGAAUUCCGUACUGACCCCUCUAUAUCAUGUUGGCUUGAAGAUGCAGCUUAUUUUGCAGCUAUAGACAAUACUUUAAACUCAUACAGUUGGUGCGAGUGGCCUGAACCACUUAAGAACCGUCAUCUUUCAGCCAUGGAAGCUAUAUACGAAAGUCAAAAGGAAUUUAUAGACUUGUUCAUUGCUAAACAGUUUCUGUUCCAAAGGCAAUGGCAGAAAGUUCGUGAGUAUGCACGGAGUAAAGGAGUCAGUAUAAUGGGGGAUAUGCCCAUUUAUGUAGGAUAUCACAGUGCAGAUGUUUGGGCAAAUAAGAAACAUUUCUUACUGAACAGGAAAGGCUUUCCGCUUCUAGUUAGUGGUGUUCCGCCUGAUCUAUUCAGUGAAACUGGUCAACUGUGGGGAAGUCCUCUUUAUGACUGGAAGGCGAUGGAGAGUGAGCAAUUUUCUUGGUGGGUUCAUCGGAUAAGACGUGCACAAGACUUGUAUGAUGAAUGCAGGAUCGACCAUUUCAGAGGAUUUGCAGGGUUUUGGGCAGUUUCUUCUGAAGCUAAGGUUGCCACAGUUGGAAAAUGGAAGGUAGGACCUGGAAAGUCAUUAUUUGACGCCAUUUCAAGCGGCGUUGGGAAUAUCAAAAUCAUAGCUGAAGAUUUGGGAGUGAUUACUAAAGAUGUAGUUGAGCUGAGGAAAUCAAUCGGAGCACCUGGAAUGGCGGUCCUUCAGUUUGCUUUUGGAGGAGGUGCGGAUAACCCACAUCUACCUCAUAAUCAUGAAGUGAACCAAGUUGUAUACUCUGGAACUCAUGACAACGACACUAUUCGAGGGUGGUGGGACAACCUAAACCAAGAAGAAAAGUCUAAGGCAAUGAAGUACCUGUCAAUAAGUGAAGAAGACGAUAUAUCAUGGUCACUUAUCAAAGCUGCCUUCUCUUCAGUAGCUCAAACUGCAAUCAUACCGAUGCAAGACAUUCUCGGACUUGGAAGUUCUGCCAGGAUGAACACUCCAGCCACUGAGGUUGGGAACUGGGGUUGGAGGAUUCCGAGUUCAACGAACUUUGAUCAUCUUCAAAUGGAAUCUGACAGACUCAGAGGUCUAUUGUCAUUGUACGGUCGUCUUUGAGACAAUCCUCGUUUUUAAAAAUUAUUAUAUGAUAAAAUGCCUAAUAAAGAAAAUGAUGCUUAUAUGCUCUGUUGUGAAUGUUAAACCUGUGAUAUGACUGUAUGAUUCGCACUUUAAUCCUCACCUUUCCUUGCUAAUCUUUGUUCAUUUAUCAAAUACUUGACAGUAUAGAGCUUUGCUAAUGCAUAUAAUUUAACUUUUCAAACACAAAGAUGGCAUGGUCUCUAAAUCUUCGUAAACCUGAGCUAAUGUUGGUCUUGUUUCUAAAGCCUUGUAUUCCAACUUUGAUGACCUGAAGCAGUAACAAAACGAGAGGUUUAGAUCGACGGCUUAUGUGGAAUCUAUAACAGGGAUUGGUUUUAGAACAAAAACAAAAAAAAUAAUGUUGACAGUGGGAUUUGAACCCACGCCCUUUCGGACCAGAACCUUAAUCUGGCGCCUUAGACCAACUCGGCCAUAUCAACUUCGUUGUUCAGUAGACGUGACGUAAAUAGAUGGAUAUUGCUUAUUUGGUCAGAUGCAACUAUAAUCUAGAAUCACAAGAGUUGAUAACAAACUCCAAAUUCUGUAAGUAUCCAGUUUUGUCGUUAAGAUAGCUAGGGAGUUUAAGAUUUGACCAUGAUGAUUGAAAAAGAUCAGUAACGUAUGUGUUUCAUUGUUAAAUGGCAAACACAACAUUAUUUUUGUAAUCUAAAUGCAUUGUAGUAAUGUAUCACAUCUCUGCUAUGCAUUACACAAUAUAGAAACUUCACCAAUCUCUAAAAUCAAACCACAAAAGAAAACUAACUAAACUUCACAUUUACCAAAACAUCACAUUGUUAAACAGUGUAAGAUAUAACAGUAAACAGCAGACAAACUUGAUUAAUGCUCUGCUUCCUCAGUAAUAAGUUGCCACACUGCCAUAUCUCACUUCUGUCUUCAGAUCAACAUUACUAUCAUUAUUAAAUAAUUGAAAAAGCUGAAGAAGAUUCAUCUCUUCAUCAAUCUCUAUGAUAUAGACACCUUCAAGCUUUAACACAGCAGUUGAAGCAGCUGAAGAUUCUUCUCCUUGCCUGUUCCAAUUCAUAUAUACUUACACGUAAGAUUAAGAAUGUAUUAUCUAACUCAAUUUUUAUACUUUUGAUGUGACUCUUUAACUAUAUGCACUCAACCUUACCCAAUCCAACCCCAAAUUUAAUAAUAUAAAGUCAAAAUCUAAUUUAUGAAGUUUGGUGGGGGGUAUUAAUAUCAUGCUUAGACUUAAAUAGCAUAGGCAAUUAAAUAGACCAAACACUGAACUUGGACCACAUGUACCCAAUUGCUAGAAACAGUCAUAUAAUGCUUACAAAGUUAGAUUCCAUAACCUAACCUAUCCACAAGAAGAUAAGGCCCACAUCAUCAAAUGAACACACUCAACUAGAAGCCACAAACACAACCAUCCAUUUCAUAUAAACACAACUAAGUCAGAACCUGCAAAACAAGCUGAAGUUUUGAAAAAAGGUAAACUACAACAAACAAUCUGUGACCCAAAAUCUAACCAUAAGAAGCUACAAUAUUAGAUUCCACAACCUAACUAAACUAAAGUCACAUACCAAACCCGUUUUAAAACAAAUCAAUCAUCCAGAUCAUAUACAUGCAAUUCAAUAGAAUCUUAAAAAAGGAAAAACCUAUGGUGAGUAUGAGCACAUGGUCAGCUAACUAAAACAAAGAAUAAGUAACCAACAGAUCUAACACAUAAGCAAGAUAGAUAUAGUGCUACAAACUUAGAUUCUAUAACCUAUCAAUGGUAACAAAGGUAAUCCAUAACACACAAUCAAUCAUUCAACUCAGAUAAACCCACAAUGCCAAAAAGAAAAUUUAAGAUACCAAUAAAAACUGCAAAAUAAAAGUAAUCUUACAGAGGGAGGAUGUGAAUGGUGGUGAGAGAACUCAUUGUUGUUGUUGUUGUUGUUGUCACUGUGAACAGUGGUGAGCUUAGGCUUAGUGUUAUCAACAGAAGCAGGUUGAUUAUGAAAAGGGUUGAUGAGUUCUUCCUCGUUGCCAAGACUAGCACGAGAAGGAUCUCUCUUGUUCUGUUUCCUCAUCUCUCUGAUCUUAGAGAAAUCCAUAGAGUAAUCAGGAAUGCUUCCUCCUUUCUGAUCCCAAUCUCCAAACUGUGGUACUGACAUCCAUGGCGAGUUCUUGUUCUGUCAACAACAACAAAAAAUCUCCAUAUUCAUAUAAACAAAAAAAAAACAGAACACCUAUAAAAUCGAUUAAAGUUCUGAUUUUUAAGACACGAGUCAAAGCAAGAACUAAAGAGAAGAUGUGGGUUUGAGAGAAUCAGACCUCCUUUGGAUCUUCCAUGUGAUGAUCAAAAGCUGUAGAGAGUAAAGAAUCCUCCUUUUUUAAAUAACUUUUUCAAUCAAAAGAAGAAGAUGAUCUUGUAGCGAUGCAGAGGAAUGAAUAUAUAUAAGAUUUUAAUACAGCAAAGUCACAGCUCGAUU